AUGAGCACUACCACAAUUACCGCAGAAGUCGCCAAAGGCGAGCCCGCUACGAACAUGCUCAACAUCGAGAAGUUCCAGCAUUUGGAGGGGAGCAGGUGUAACUUUGGUGCCACGGUCACUGGGGUUGAUGCAAACAACCUGUCCGACGAGCAGAUGCAACAACUGCGGCGCGCCGUCUGGGAGCACAAAGUGGUCGUGGUGAAAAACCAGAAGGGAUUUCUCCCGGAAUCCCAAGAGAAGCUCGUAAAGGCCCUGGAUCCACAUGCGCCAAUGAUCACACACGACGAUUGGCUUCUCUGCCAGCAUUCCAACACGAAGCAAAUAGGCGCGUGGGUCCCGCUCUGGUCAAUCCCGACCGCCCCUCUGGUGCACGUCAUUGGCAAAGGCCCGCUAGGCCCGGACCACUUCGGCCUGAAAAACCAGACCAUCCGGGGCCGGACGCACCUAAACAGCCACGCCGAUGAGCCGUCGGCGGCGGCGAUGAACAAUGAGGGUCGUACGCGCUUCCAGGGCUGGCACAUGGACGCGCCGCUGUACCAUCUGGAGCCGGCCUGGUUCACCACUAUGUGGGCGGCCAAGCUACCUCGCGGGCCCGACAUGACCGUCUGCUGGGACGACGGCACCGGCCGCAGCAUGCAGGUUAAGCCCGGCGUCACGGCUUUCGUCAGCUGCGUGCAGAUGUACGACCUGCUGAGCCCCGAGGAACGCCAAAUGGCCGACAACUCGUGGGUCGAGUAUAAGCCUUUCCAUUUUUCCUGGACAAAGGACUGCCGUAUUCAUACCGACGGUCUGGGGUUCGUCAAUGAGGGCCGUGAGGCAUCUCCUGAACAGAUGCAGCGGUACGGCGCUCCCGACCCUCAACGCUGCAAGACGUAUCCGAUGGUGUGGGUCAACCCCCUGACCAAGGAGAAGGCGCUCCAAAUCCAGAAUGCAGCUGUCAGCAAGCUCUACUUGCGCUCCAGCCCAAGCGAGGCUCCUUGCAUCGUCGACGACGUAAAGGAAAUCCGUCAAUUUCUCCGAAAGCUGCAGGGGCGUGUCAUUACGCCUGAGUAUGUUGCCGCCGUGGCACCGGCCGAGGAGGGCGAUCUCGUCAUCUUCGAUAACCGUGCCUGCUUGCACUCGCGCAUCGACUUUCCCGACCACUACGGAACAAAGGCGCUUCACCAGAUGUACAUGCAUUCUCUGUCCCCUCCCGUCGGGCCUGCGCCGGUCUUUUCGUAA